UAAACUGGGAAACUGUGUGGAGAGCCAAUACCAAAAAGAAAUUUCGAGUUCACACCAAUAUGAACAGGAACGUUGGGCUUCUGCGAAUCUUCCCGGGAAUCACUGCUGCUGUUGUAAAAGCGUUUCUUCAGCCUCCAAUUGAGGGCAUUGUACUUGAAGCUUAUGGAAGUGGCAAUGCCCCAAACAACAGAGAAGACUUGCUGGAAGAACUGAAGAAAGCAGCUGAACGGAAAGUAGUGAUUCUAAACUGUACCCAGUGCUUACGAGGGUCUGUCAAAACAGUCUAUGCAACAGGGCAGACUCUCGCUGAUGUUGGAGUAAUUCCUGGAGGUGAUAUGACACCAGAGGCAGCCCUAGCUAAACUGUCAUACACACUCAGCAAGAGUAAGCUUAGCUGGGAGGAGAAGAGGCAGAUGCUGAGUGAGAAUCUAAGAGGAGAAAUGACUGUUGUACCCACAGGAGCCAAGAUCUCUCUGAGAGAUAGCAAGUUUAUUCAAGUGAUUGCCAAAUCUCUAAGUAUCAGCAGCAAGGAGGAGUUAGAAGCCGUAAGAGAUGCAUUAAUUCCACCUUUGGCUUGUGCUGCAGCUAAACUGGGGGACAUUGAUGCACUAAGAGCCAUAGCAGAAAUGGGUGGAAACCUCAGCUGUGGAGACUAUGAUGGCCGAACUCCACUUCAUAUUGCAGCCUCUGAAGGGCAUUUACCAUUAGUUGAGUAUUUGUUGACAUCUGGUGCAACUGUUUAUGCUAGAGACAGAUACGGAUCUACCCCGCUGAUGAAUGCGAUCAAGUUCAGGCACAUACAAGUGAUUAAUUUGUUACGAGAAACGGGAGCACACCUUUCAAGCCAGGACUUGGAGAACAUUGGAACAAUACUUUGCAGCCUUACAGCGAAAGGCGAUGUGGAUGGCCUGUUUGCCUGGUACCUAGCUGGUGCAGACCUGAAGCAAACUGGUUAUGAUGGCAGGAAUCCCCUACAAGUAGCAGAGGCUACAGGGCAUAAGGAGGUUCUUGACUUCUUAAGACAAAAACAGUAA